GAUACUGGUAUAUAUACUGAAACGUAUUAAUGGCUACACUGAGAUGGUUACUCUGAGUACGAGUACACUCGCGGACGUUUUUUUCGAGUGAAGACCAGAAAAAUUGCGAAAAGUGGGUAUAACUGCAGGUGCCGUCCGCUUUUCGGAAAUUGCAGCUAAAUCGGUAAAUCGGCUACGGAAAAAUAGUGAUUAUCUGACGCAAAUUAAACGUUACAGCCUGGCCGAUAGAGUGGAGUGUGCUCGCGGAGUGGAACCGAACACAUUCGUAUAAAAAGGAGGAAAUAAAUAGAAACUGAUUCAAGUCGCUGGCACAGUCGCAGGCUUAUUAAAAGGCAGCGAUGUCCACCGCCGUUGAAACGGGGUCGUCGCCUGCCAAGAGCAACAGCAACAGCAACAGCAACAGCAACAGCAACAACGGCAAUGGUAAUCCCAGCCCAAAUGCAAAAGGCGUGCAGCGGCGUCAACUGCGGGAGAGGAAGCAGCGCAAGCUUUAUCUGGACGAGUGGUCGCUGGGUGAUGACGACGGCGAAGGGACGCGGGGCUUCAGUGUGGCCGAGAAGCUCGAGUCUUCCAAGUUCGCGCAGGCGGGCAUGGUGCGAGAGAUGCGCGGCUGCGAUCUCACCGUCGCCUUCCUGCAGCAGCAUGGCUUCAACAUCCCUUUGCUGUUCCGGGACAAGGCCGGCUUGGGCCUAAAGAUGCCCGAUCCUCAGGAGUUCACUGUGAACGAUGUCCGUCUCUGCGUCGGAUCUCGCCGCCUCCUCGACGUGAUGGACGUUAAUACCCAAAAAAAUCUGCAGAUGACGAUGAAGGAGUGGCAGCAAUACUACGACAAUCCCCAAAAGGAUCGCCUGUUGAACGUAAUCUCACUGGAGUUCUCGCACACACGCCUGGACCGAUUCAUCCAGAGCCCGGAGAUCGUCCGCCAGAUCGACUGGGUAGAUGUGGUCUGGCCGAAGCAGCUGAAGGACGCCCAGCGCGAAGGCACCAAUCUACUGGGUGGCAUGAUGUACCCCAAGGUGCAGAAGUACUGUCUCAUGUCGGUGAAGAACUGCUAUACGGAUUUUCAUAUUGAUUUCGGCGGCACCUCGGUGUGGUAUCACAUCCUCCGGGGCAGCAAAGUUUUCUGGUUGAUCCCACCGACGGAUCGCAAUCUCCAACUCUACGAAAAGUGGGUGUUGUCCGGCAAGCAGGCCGACGUCUUCUUUGGCGACACGGUGGAGAAGUGCGCCAGGGUCUACCUGACGGCAGGUAACACCUUCUUCAUACCCACGGGAUGGAUUCAUGCCGUCUACACGCCGACCCAAUCCCUCGUGUUUGGCGGAAACUUCUUGCAUUCGUUCGGGAUCGUGAAGCAACUGAAGACCGCCAGUGUGGAGGACAGUACGAAGGUGCCCCAGAAGUUCCGCUAUCCAUUCUUCACGGAGAUGCUGUGGUACGUCCUCGCCCGGUACGUUCACACCCUGUUGGGUCACUCCCACCUGGAUGGUGAGCCCUCGCUGAGUGAGGCGGAGAUGGCUGCCAGACCCCACACGCAUCUCACCCACCACGAGCUCUUCGGCCUGAAGGAGAUUGUGAUGUAUCUGUAUGAUCUGCCGCCGCAGAAGAAGAACGUGCCCAGCUUGGUCCUGGAUCCGGUUGCUCUAAUCAAGGAUGUUCGCUCGCUGGUAGAGCGGCAUUGCAAGGACCAGCAGGAUCUAGCCAUCACAGGUGUGUCAGUUCUAAGGACUCCAUCGGAUGCCCAUCCACAGUUCCAGCUGUACGAUCGGACACGGGUGAAGCAGGAGAUCAAGCAGGAAAUUGCGCGAAAGAACGCCGAAGUUAUCCGGGAGCAGCAGCAACUGGAGGCGGGGCGGGCACGCGAUGCCGAGUCGGAUGCGUCUCAGUCAACCGGGACGGGAUCUGGCUUGGGGAUCGGAGCUGGCAUCGAGUACAGCAAUGGUGUUCUGAAAAAGGAGCAGCUGGAGAACGGAAGUGGAGCCUCAGCAGCUGGCCACACAUCGCAGCCAGAAGCCACCUUCGUUCUGCCGACGGACACGAUGAAGUAUCGCCCACCCAAGAAAAUGCACCUGGCCCAAGCCGUUGCUGCUGCGUCCAGCAGUAGUGGCUCACCAGGAGGAUCCACUGGCGGGAGUUCUUCACUCCCGAGCAGCAAUCAGAGCCCCACCGCUGGAGCCGCAACUGCUGUGGGCGCAGGCCAGCCCAUUAGCGUCAUCGCCACCUGUUCAAGCUACAGCGAAGGUGGAAUCUCCAGCCUAGAUGGACAGUGUCCAUCCCCAGGUGAAGCAGGUCCGAAGUUGUCGCCCAAUCUGACGGGAGCUGGGCAGCCGCGUAGGCGCAGGACCCGUUGCAAAAAUUGCGCUGCCUGCCAGCGCUCAGACUGUGGCACCUGUCCCUUUUGCAUGGACAUGGUCAAGUUCGGAGGACCGGGCAGGGCCAAGCAAACGUGUAUGAUGCGCCAGUGCUUGUCGCCGAUGCUGCCGGUUACGGCGCAGUGCGUCUAUUGUCACCUGGAUGGAUGGAGGCAGACCCCUGUAUCGCCUCAGACCAAGCAGCUGGCUUCAGUUGAUGGGCCCUCGGCGCUGAUGGAGUGUUCGGUGUGCUACGAGAUCGCCCACCCGGACUGCGCCUUGUCCCAGUUGGACGGAACUGAAGAUGCCGCGGACGCCAAGGGCAUCGUGAACGAAGAUUUGCCAAACAGCUGGGAGUGUCCGAGCUGUUGUCGCUCCGGAAAGAACUACGACUACAAGCCCCGUCACUUCCGUGCCCGUCAAAAAUCCUCGGAGGUUCGUCGAGUAUCUGUUUCCCACGGCCCGGGAAGUACUGGCGAUGCCCAUCAGGAGGGAAGUGGCCUGCCCCUGCCAGUUGGCCAGUACAAUGACUUCGUGUUCACCAGCGAAUCGGAAAUGGAGUCUGGGACAGCAAGCGGCCAUAUGACACACUGGAAACACGGAAUGAAGCGCCAUCACCAGCUGGAGGUCAAGACCGAACGCAACAACAGCUGCGACACACCAUCUCCGGGGAUCUCGCCGAGUGCCGUGGGUGGAGAUUCCAAGGGAGGAAAGCGGCGCAAGAGCGACGACGGGACCAGCGUCAGCAGCAGCAUGCAGGAGAGUAACGAUGCUCCCUGUAGUUCUUCCGUGGAUGGAGCAACUGGAACAGGCAACGCAAAUGUGUCGACCAGCCAGUGGAGCAGCGGAGGAGGCGGUGGCUCGCGAAAAAAGAACUCUAUUCGCUCACAACUGGCUCAGCAGAUGCUGAACUCUUCGACAAGAGUUCUAAAAAAGCCGCAGUAUGUUGUGCGUCCUGCUGGCAUAUCCAGUUCCUCCUCCUCCGGCGGCAAUGGAUCAGGUGGUGCGGGCGGCACUAAUGGCAUUAGCAAUGGAAGCAACCAAAGUGGAACCAACUUCAGUGGAAAUGGAGAGAGAGGUGCCAAUAACGGAGGACUAAGUGGCUCCAAUGGUCUGAGUAACCACAGUUCGUCCCAGAACCUGGCCAUGGAUCCCACUGUUCUUAAAAUCAUUUUCCGCUAUCUGCCGCAGGACACACUGGUCACCUGCUGUUCGGUGUGCAAGGUGUGGUCCAACGCCGCGGUGGACCCUGAUCUUUGGAAGACUAUGAAUUGCUCGGAGCACAAGAUGUCUGCUUCAUUGUUGACAGCCAUAGUUCGACGGCAGCCCGAGCACCUGAUCCUGGAUUGGACGCAAAUAGCCAAGCGCCAGUUGGCAUGGCUGGUGGCCCGCCUACCCGCUCUCAAGAAUCUCUCGCUGCAAAACUGCCCUAUUCAAGCGGUACUGGCGCUCCACACCUGCCUCUGCCCGCCCCUUCAGACCCUUGACUUGAGUUUUGUCCGUGGAUUGAAUGACGCUGCUGUCCGGGAUAUACUCUCGCCGCCAAAGGAUUCACGGCCAGGCUUGAGUGACUCUAAGACGCGGCUACGGGAUCUCAAAGUGCUGAAGCUAGCUGGUACGGAUAUCUCCGAUGUGGCGGUGCGAUACAUAACCCAGUCACUGCCGCAUUUGCGCCACCUGGAUCUCUCGUCGUGCCAGCGGAUCACGGAUGCUGGUGUAGCCCAAAUAGGCACUUCCACCACGGCCAUCGCCCGUCUGGCCGAACUGAAUCUAAGUGCAUGCCGCCUGGUAUCGGAAAAUGCUCUGGAACACCUGGCCAAGUGCAAGAUGCUUGUGUGGUUGGAUCUGCGCCAUGUGCCACAAGUCAGCACCCAGUCGGUUAUUCGAUUUGCGAGCAACUCCAAGCACGACCUGUGCGUCAGAGACAUCAAGUUGGUGGAGCGCCGACGUAGGAACUCGACAACAGAGGCCAGGAGCUGGCACCACGAUUAGAUUAAUGUUAAUCUAAGCACUCUUUCUAAGCCCUAACACUAGAAUCCCCCAAAUUCCUUGCCGGAAUGACAUCCAAGGCGUUGGAGGGCCCUCAGCAUAUAUGUUGUUCAAUUUUUGAGCGCUUAGCUAGUCAAGAACGGAGUACUCUCCGUUCCGGUCCGGUCUGUGUGUCCGUGUUUGCCGAAUUAAUUGGCCGCUAUUGGGUGUAACUCUUCGAAGGUCACUGAUGAGGAUGUGUGGCGGCAUCCGAAAUACGCAAAAUUACCAAUUAUCGUACCAGCUAUCUGACCAGCCAGUUUUGUAAUCCAUCUAAUUUACAGUAUCCUUCAUCGGAAACACUCUUACAUGUCGGAUAGUGGUUUUAUUUGAAUAGAAAAUCCGUUUUUAUUCCGUCCGUUUCAUAGACAUAGCGAAGGGCCCUGCUCCGGCUAGCCCGGAGGAUAAUGGUUUUCAUUCGACACGUGCAUCCGUUCGUCGAUAGACACCACCUCUCACUCGGACAUAGCGUAGCGAUUAAGAUUAGCAUUCCCACGAUGGUAAUUACCCUUAUUCAGUGUCAUAUGUCUAAGGUAUGCAGAGAAAGAAGGUGGCACUAGGUGCACACCCAUCCAGCUUAAUGAAACCCCUAGCUCGCACAGAACUAGGAACCACACAGGCAUAAGUGAUGCGUUUCGGGACUGUAAAAACUGUGCAAAAAAAAAAAUGAUAGUUUUAUUUGAUUAUUUAAACAAUUUUUUAUACAAAUUUGGCCUUACUCGAUGCAAUUGAAACGAACGUGUUUCGCCCACACGGUUUCGCAGUUCCGAGCCACAUUGUACUGGUGCUGAUACCCCGGAUAUUGGUACAGCACGCCUGCCAAGCUGCACACUGAACGUAGCCGUAUCCCCAAAAUGCCCACUUCCUACCUCCCCCCAACAGUCCCGCUCCAGUAGCAGUUAAAAAUAGUGAUAACAUGGCUAAAAUGUACACUUGAGAGCAUGUAAGAAUUACACGCAUACUUAUAUUUAAUGUUUUACAAAAUUAAAUUACAAAUAUAGAAUAA